UGGUGCGCAUGCUAGAACAGCAAUGUAACGUGAAAUGGAGGUUGACGGUAUUCGCCGCUCGGUAUGUCAUUGCAUUCUCCACCGACUGCACAAUUCCCAAAACCUUUCUCCGCUCUUUACCUUGGUUGUCUCGAUCUCCCGGCAAUGGCUCAUCCUCCCCCGCUCCCGAGUCCCCGGCUUGGUGAUCGGUUCGGUUCGGCAUUGGCACCCUCAACUGCAACCACAUCACCCAACGGCGAAGAGCUAUUCUCACGAUCUUUCUAAAUACCCGUCGCCCCCUUGCAUAGCGUCGCACCAAAACAGCCACCCGCAAACCUUACCCACCACAGCAUUGGAGCGCUUCUACCAAACGCCUCCCAAGAUCAACCCACCACAUCAACCCAAAUACCCACCCGCCAGAUAUUUGCCUAUAUUGAAGCAUCCCGGGAACCUGGGUUCAGCAUGUUUUGUUUAGAUCACGGUCUGGCGGAUCAUCGGGUGGCAAGGCCGCGGUUGUUGUAACUCGAUGGAUUUCUCGGUGUGUGAGGGGAAGAAGGGGAUGCUUAAAACCAUCGUCGUUGACCGACCUCCGAGAACUCAUGGCUUCUUCUUCUUCCUCUUCACUCUUGUCAGUGUCAACUCUGCUUUUGCGCUUAUUACCAUUUCUUGGUGGUGGUACAAAGUAAACCGGCAGGAUGAUCCACCUCAAGCCAGCCCUCGCGGCGUUGUUGGCGCUCUCGACGCAAUGUGUGGCUAUUGAUUUGUUCGUCAAGUCUUCGGGGGGGAAUAAGACGACUGAUAUCAUGUAUGGUCUUAUGCACGAGGAUAUUAACAACUCCGGAGACGGCGGCAUCUACGCCGAGCUCAUCUCCAACCGCGCGUUCCAAGGGAGUGAGAAGUUCCCCUCCAACCUCGACAACUGGAGCCCCGUCGGUGGCGCUACUCUUACCCUUCAGAAGCUUGCCAAGCCCCUUUCCUCUGCGUUGCCUUACUCCGUCAAUGUCGCCAACCCCAAGGAGGGCAAGGGCAAGGUCAAGGACACCAAGGGGAAGAAGGUUGGCUUGGCCAAUGCUGGGUUUUGGGGUAUGGAUGUCAAGAGGCAGAAGUACACUGGUAGCUUCCACGUUACUGGUGAGUACAAGGGUGACUUUGAGGUUAGCUUGCGCAGUGCGAUUACCGGGGAGACCUUUGGCAAGAAGGUGGUGAAGGGUGGGAGUAAGAAGGGGAAGUGGACCGAGAAGGAGUUUGAGUUGGUGCCUUUCAAGGAUGCGCCCAACAGCAACAACACCUUUGUUGUGCAGUGGGAUGCCGAGGGCGCAAAGGACGGAUCUUUGGACCUCAACUUGAUCAGCUUGUUCCCUCCGACAUUCAAAGGAAGGAAGAAUGGGCUGAGAAUUGAUCUUGCGCAGACGAUGGUUGAGCUCAAGCCGACCUUCUUGCGCUUCCCCGGUGGCAACAUGCUCGAGGGUAACACCUUGGACACUUGGUGGAAGUGGUACGAGACCAUUGGCCCCCUGAAGGAUCGCCCGGGCAUGGCUGGUGUCUGGGAGUACCAGCAAACCCUUGGCUUGGGUCUGGUCGAGUACAUGGAGUGGGCCGAUGACAUGAACUUGGAGCCCAUUGUCGGUGUCUUCGCUGGUCUUGCCCUCGAUGGCUCGUUCGUUCCCGAAUCCGAGAUGGGAUGGGUCAUCCAACAGGCUCUCGAUGAAAUCGAGUUCCUUACUGGCGAUGCUAAGACCACCAAAUGGGGUGCCGUCCGCGCGAAGCUUGGUCACCCCAAGCCUUGGAAGGUCAAGUGGGUUGAGAUCGGUAACGAGGACUGGCUUGCCGGACGCCCUGCUGGCUUCGAGUCGUACAUCAACUACCGCUUCCCCAUGAUGAUGAAGGCCUUCAACGAGAAGUACCCCGACAUCAAGAUCAUCGCCUCGCCCUCCAUCUUCGACAACAUGACAAUCCCCGCGGGCGCUGCCGGUGAUCACCACCCGUACCUGACUCCCGAUGAGUUCGUUGAGCGAUUCGCCAAGUUCGAUAACUUGAGCAAGGAUAACGUGACGCUCAUCGGCGAGGCUGCGUCGACGCAUCCUAACGGUGGUAUCGCUUGGGAGGGAGAUCUCAUGCCCUUGCCUUGGUGGGGCGGCAGUGUUGCUGAGGCUAUCUUCCUGAUCAGCACUGAGAGAAACGGUGACAAGAUCAUCGGUGCAACUUACGCGCCUGGUCUUCGCAGCUUGGACCGAUGGCAAUGGAGCAUGACCUGGGUGCAGCACGCCGCUGACCCGGCCCUCACCACUCGUUCGACCAGUUGGUAUGUCUGGAGAAUCCUCGCCCACCACAUCAUCCGUGAGACGCUCCCGGUCGAUGCCCCGGCCGGCAAGCCCAACUUUGACCCUCUGUUCUACGUUGCCGGAAAGAGCGAGACUGGCACCGGUAUCUUCAAGGCUGCCGUCUACAACUCGACUGAAUCGAUCCCGGUGUCGUUGAAGUUUGAUGGUCUCAACGAGGGAGCGGUUGCCAACUUGACGGUGCUUACUGGGCCGGAGGAUCCGUAUGGAUACAACGACCCCUUCACUGGUAUCAAUGUUGUCAAGGAGAAGACCACCUUCAUCAAGGCCGGAAAGGGCGGCAAGUUCACCUUCACCCUGCCGGGCUUGAGUGUUGCUGUGUUGGAGACGGCCGACGCGGUCAAGGGUGGCAAGGGAAAGGGCAAGGGCAAGGGAAAGGGUAACUGAGGAAAAGUAAACGACGCUGAAUGUGAUACCGAUCGGAGCAAUACAAAGUCGAAAUAAAAAGACAGACUCGAUCAUCUAAA